AUGCACCUAAGGCUAAUCACAGUGAAGAAUGGAUGGUUGGAGUUUGCAGAUCCUGUAAAACAGUGGAAAAUAUUAGUAACUCAUUAUGGUGGACUAGGUGGACUUGCUAUUAUUGGAAUAAUUUUCGCAGCUAUCAUUCCUUGUAUUGGUUUAUUUUUCUGUUGUUGUCGAUGUGCUGGUCAUUGUGGGGCUAGAAGUCAACCAUUUGACAAAAAAUAUGAUCAUUGUCGGAAAGUAUUUCUCAACAUUCUUCUUAUUGGAGUGUCAACAAUUAUAUUAUUUGGAGUUGUUUGUGCUUUUGUUACCAACGAAUAUAUGCAAGAAGGUAUUGAAAACUUACCGAGCAGAGCUAAAACUAAUUUGAAAGAUGUUGAGUUGUAUCUUACUACAACUAAAAAACAAAUAAGCACUUUACUUACAACAAAUUACAAUGAACUUGAAAUUACGCUCAACAAUAUUCUUCAAGCAAGUGGAAAAAUUGUCACCGAGGAACUUGCAGCGUAUUCUCAUGCUGUAUCACUGACCAAUUUAAAUGAAAUAGUUUCUGGUUUAGAUACUAUUAGACAAGAUCUUCGAAUGAUAGAUAAACUCACCCGGGACUUGAGAACUAAUGCGAGUCAAUUAGAUAUUGUUGUUCGAGGUGUUAAAAAAAAUUUGCUAGAAACAUUAACAGGAUGUAAAAAUCAUGAGUGUCAGCAAGUAUUACAUGAUUAUAAAAUAAAUCAGAUGUCAAUACAAGUUGAUUUCGACAAGCUUCCUGAUGUAACUUUAGCACUACGUAAUAUAACAUCUCUAAUGGAAGGAAAUAUCGUAUCGGAAGUCAGUCAAGGCAGAGAAACUUUUCUAAAAAUACAAAGAAAUAUUCAACAGGCUGUAAAUGAAACAAUUCCAGUUGUUAGUGCAAGUAUUGAAAAUGCUGGGCGCUCAUUGGCUAGCGCAUCUAAAAACAUAACUUCACUUAUUGAUAAAAUUAAUAAGGAGAUUACUAAAGUUUAUAUUCCUCAUUUAAAAAUUGCUCAAGAUAAUAUUGAAGAAUACUCAAUUUACAGGUAUUAUUUUGGUCUUGGUGUAUCUAGUGUGUUAUUAGCGAUAUUCACACUGCUAACAUUUGGAUUAUUAUGUGGUAUUUGUGGGAAGCGUCCUGAUGGAUUUGGCGAUGAUUGUUGUAACAAAGGAACUGGUGGGCGUUUUUUAAUGAUAGCAGUAUGGAUAAUAUUCUUAUUGACAAGUAUCUUGAUAGUUAUCACUACAGUGCUCAUGAUAAUUGGAGUAAUGUCACAUCGUACAAUUUGUGAACCUUUACAAAAUCCUAAAGACAACCAUAUAUUUGAAUUGGUUGAUGAGUUGGUUCAAGUUAAGCAAUUACUUUAUCCCAAUAAUUUAGAGGCUGAUAUUAAUUUAAGCUGGAUUGUAACUCAUUGUCAUAAAAAUGAAACUCUAUACAACGUGUUGAAAUUAAAAUAUUUAAUGGAACUAGAUUCACUUAAAAAUUUUGUCGAUCGUUACGCAAUUAGUAGUACAAUCGAUCUGGAAUUCGAAAAAUAA